AUGCGUUUCACUCUCUUACUGUUGUUUACUGCGUCGUCUGCCCUCCUUGCAUGGGGCAGUACGCUGUCCAUCGAGAACGACGGUGAAACGAGGUCGCUGCGACAAACCAAGCUGGUAGUCAGCGACGACGCGCAAGAUAAGGAACGUGGACUCAUCUUCGACGCAAGCGAUCUAACGGCUUUGAAGAGCUUUAAAACGGUCAAUAUCACAGGAUGGCAACUGACCCGGAACAUUCGAGAACAAUUUUCACUUCCUGGAAACAGGCGAUAA